UCUCCCUCCUCCCACACAGGGCCUUCCCCAGCCCCACCUCCUGUUCCCUGGCGUCCUGGUCCCAGAUGUCCAGUUCCAGAUGCCUGGUUUCACAGCUGGGAAAUGACCUCUGGAGAAGCCCCCAGUCCACAGGCUGCCCGGGCAAGAUGUGGUGGCUACUCCUCUGGGGAGUCUUCCAGGCUUGCCCCACGCAGGGCUCCGUGCUCUUGGCCCAGCAGCUGCCCCAGCAGCUGACAUCCCCCGGGUAUCCAGAGCCAUAUCGCAAAGGCCAAGAGAGCUCCACUGACAUCGAGGCUCCGGACGGCUUUGCUGUGAGGCUUGUCUUCCAGGACUUCGACCUGGAGCCAUCCCAAGACUGUGAGCAGGACUCAGUCACAAUCACAGCCAGUGGGAUGGAUCCAAGUCGGUUCUGUGGGCAACAGGGCUCCUCGCUGGGCAGCCCCCCUGGUCAGAGGGAGUUUGUUUCCCCAGGAAACCGAUUGCGGCUGACUUUCCGGGCCCCGGCCUCCUCUCGGGACAGAACCACUGGCCUCCACAAGGGCUUCCUGGCCCUCUACCAAGCUGUAGAGGUGUCUACACCUAUGGGUCCUCCUGACCACUGGUUUCCUACAGAUGUGAACCAUAGUCGUCGGCCCAUCAGCCAGGCUAGUGGGGCCUCUAAGGCCAUUAGCACACGUGGAGAUCCAGACCCCCUCAAGAUCCAGAACCACUGCUGCCGGGAGCCCUAUUAUCAGGCAGUGCCAGCAGGGACACUCAACUGCACACGCCAGAAUCCCUGGAAGGAGACACAGGAUAGGAAGGAGCUUCCUCACUGUGUCCCUGUCUGUGGCCGGCCCGUGGCCCCCAUCGCCCAGAGCCAGGAGGCCGCCGGUUCCUCCAGAGCCAAGUUGGGGAACUUCCCCUGGCAAGCGUUCACCAGCAUCUACGGCCGAGGGGGCGGGGCCCUGCUGGGAGACAGGUGGAUCCUCACUGCCGCCCACACCAUCCAUCCCAAGGACGGCGUCCUCCUCGGGAAGAACCGCAGCGUGCAUGUGUUCCUGGGCCACACGAGCAUCGACGAGAUGCUGCGGCGGGGGAGCCACCCGGUGCGCCGAGUGGUGGUGCACCCGGACUACCGCCAGCACGAGUCCUGCAACUUCGACGGGGACCUGGCGCUCCUGGAGCUCCAGCGCCGCGUGCCGCUCGGGCCCAGCCUGCUCCCCGUCUGCCUGCCCGAGCGCGAGGCCCUCUACCGCAGCGGCGUGUGGGGCUACGUCAGCGGCUUCGGCGUGGACCUGGGCUGGUUAACCACUGAGCUCAAGUACUCGAGGCUGCCCGUCGCCCCGCGAGCCGCCUGCCAGGCCUGGCUCCAAGACAAGCAGAGAUCCGAGGUGUUUUCUGCCAACAUGUUCUGCGCUGGGGAUAAGAUGAGGCAGCAGAGCGUCUGCCAGGGGGACAGUGGCGGCGUCUAUGUGGUAUGGGAUGAGCGUGCCCAUCACUGGGUGGCCACGGGCAUCGUCUCCUGGGGCAUCGGGUGUGGCAAGGGCUAUGGCUUCUACACCAAAGUGCUCAACUACCUGGACUGGAUCAAGGGAGUGAUGGAUGGGAAGGACUGACCCUGGGGACCCUUGAGCGGUGACACUCAGCUGUGGAGGUCCCCCAAGAGAGGGUUAGGAGCAGGACUGGGCUCAGGGUUGGGGAUGGGGGCAGAGAAUCGCUAUUCAAGUGACUGCUGCCCUGUCCCCUGUGCGAGAGAAAGUCCUCCUCCUUCCUAAUGCCCCUUCCUCCUGCUGCUGCUCCUCCUCCUCCUCCUCCUUCCUAAUGCCCCUUCCUCCUCCUCCUCCUCCUCCUCCUCCUCCUCCUCUACCUUUCUGCUAGUUUGUGCUCUGCCCAGGGAAGCCUUGGACAUCUCAGCCAGUUUCGCUUUAAAUUUCACGUUCUGCUGACACUGCUUCUUCUGUACUCUCCCGGGAGACAGUCACCUUCACGUCCCCCUGUUCAAGUGGAGUAUGGGGGAUGUGGUCUUAAUUGCUUUUCUUUCGGAAACGUUCCAAAGCCCCUUUAGUUGGCCUUCACACAUUCAAACUAUUGGCUUCACCACCCACCAUAUCUCCUAGCUGCAAUUAUAGUAAGUGGCCCGUUUUGGUUUAGCUGUUCUGCAUAAUAGGCGCUUCACGGGUUAUUUCGUUGACUCCUCAAACCAAGUUUGCAAUGGAGGUGUUAUUGGCCACAUUUCACAAACAGGGAAACUGAAGCCCAGGGAGAUGAUGUGACUUGCCCCAAACCCGCAGCCAGUAGAGGACUGCAAAGGCCAUAUGCCUUCCAGUACACCAGGAUACCUCCUGAUUGUCCUCAACACCUACUCUGCUUCCCCAUCCCAAUCCCCACAUCCUUACAGGUUCCCCUGGGAAUUCCUGCUUCAGUGAAGAUGACAACACCAGGCUCACACUUUCCUGCUGGCCCCAUCUCCUGCAGACACCAAGAUGAGCCCACACUGGGCUGGAUGCUUGGGCAGACACCCCCCCAGUGCUGCUGGACACCUGGGUGUGGGCGCCCCCUGAGAAGACCAACUCUUUCACUUUUAGUAAGGACUUGAGAUGAUUUACAGUGAAAGAUACAAGUAGAAUAUGAUUGUUCAAUGGAAAUAGAAAAUUAAUACCAUAAAAUAGAAGAUAGCAAAUUUGCUAGCAUUGAAGGUCAAGUUAGCUAUAUGGCUAAAGGUUAAAUUGAUCUUUGGGGCGCCUAGGUGGUACAGUUGGUUAAGUGCCCAACUCUUGGUAGUGAUCUCAGAGUUAUGAGCUGGAGCCCUACCUGGGGCUCAGCAAGGAAUAUGCUUGAGAUUCUCUCUCUCUCUCUUCCUCCGCCCCUCCCACUCGUGUACACACUCUCUAAAUCUGAAAUAAAUAAGUCUUAAAUAAAUAAUAAAGGUUAAACUGGUCUUUGAAAAACA